CAAACACUAUAUAAUAAACCUCUCAUAGCUCUUCUUCCCCACAAUUCAAAGCCAAAAUAUUAACUACCAUAGCUUUCGUCCGAUCCCCCCGCCCCGAACAAACCGCCCCCCUAAGCGAUGACCGGGAGCAUUGCUAAACCGAUCACCACCUUCUUCUUCUUGACCGGGAGCAUUGCUAAACCGAUCACCACCUUCUUCUUCUUCGCCGUUCUGAUUUUAUGUGCAAAUGCAACUCUUCAGCGGCGUCAGUUUGUUAUUCAAUCAACGCCAGUGACGAGGCUAUGCAAUACCCGCAACACAAUAACAGUGAAUGGGCAGUUCCCGGGACCCACCUUGGAUGUGAGCAAUGGUGAUACCUUAGAGAUCAAGGUUAUCAAUAAUGCGAGAUACAAUAUCACUAUUCACUGGCAUGGUGUCCGGCAAAUAAGAACAGGAUGGGCAGAUGGGCCAGAAUUCAUUACACAGUGUCCAAUUAGGCCAGGAGGGAGCUAUACUUAUAGAUUCACAAUUAACGGUCAAGAAGGAACACUUUGGUGGCACGCCCACAGCUCGUGGCUCAGGGCCACAGUCUAUGGAGCUCUUAUCAUUCGUCCACGAGCGGGCGAGUUGUAUCCAUUUACCAAACCUACAAGAGAAACACCCAUUAUACUUGGUGAGUGGUGGGAUGCAGACCCCAUGGAUGUUGUAAAGCAGGCUCAAAGAACCGGAGCAGGUCCAAAUGUAUCAGAUGCAUUCACUAUCAAUGGCCAACCUGGUGAUCUCUACAAGUGCUCCAGCCAAGGAACCGUAGUUGUCCAAGCAGGUUCUGGCGAGACCAACCUACUUAGAGUUAUCAAUGCUGCACUCAAUCAACAGCUUUUCUUCUCGGUGGCCAACCACAUACUCACAGUGGUUGGAGCAGACGCCUCUUAUGUAAAGCCCUUUACAACUUCAUCCAUCAUGCUGGGACCCGGUCAGACCACAGACGUGCUCAUCACAACCAAUCAGCCACCGGCACGUUACUACAUGGCAGCAAGAGCAUAUGCCAGUGCACAAGGAGUAGCGUUUGAUAACACCACAACCACAGCCAUCCUACAGUACCAGGGAAGCCAAACGAGCCCAGUUUUACCGACCCUGCCAGCAUAUAAUGACACAGCAACCGCCACAGCUUUCACAACAAGUUUCAGGAGUCUAAGGAACGUUGUGGUCCCCACGCAAAUAGACGAAAACCUCUUCUUCACAGUCGGGUUGGGACUUAAUAACUGCCCACCGGGCGCAAGUCCCCAGAGCUGUCAAGGACCUAACGGGACUCGGAUCACUGCCAGCAUGAACAAUGUGUCUUUCAUACUCCCAUCCAACUUUUCACUACUGCAAGCACAUCAACAAGGCAUCCCGGGAGUUUUCACGACUGACUUUCCAGCAGUUCCACCAGUGAAGUUUGACUACACCGGUAGCGUGCCCCGAUCACUUUGGCAACCUGUUUCUGGAACAAAGGUGUACAAACUCAAAUACGGGGCGAGGGUGCAGGUGGUGCUUCAGGGAACAAGUAUCUUUGGAGCUGAGAAUCACCCAAUUCAUCUUCAUGGAUAUGACUUCUAUAUAAUCGCUGAAGGUUUUGGAAACUUCAACCCACAAACAGACUCUGCUAAGUUUAACCUUGUGAACCCACCUCUUAGGAACACAGCGAGUGUGCCGGUCAAUGGGUGGGCUGUCAUCCGAUUUGUCGCUGACAAUCCAGGAGUUUGGCUAAUGCACUGUCACUUGGAUGC